AUGGCAUUUAAAUUUGUGACAAUCUGCGCAUUAUUUGCAAUUGCAAAUGCUGGUGGACUUCUACAUCCAGUGACCUACACUCAAGUCCAUAAUAUAGCAGCAGAUGAUGCUCAUCAUCAACCACAAUAUUCUCACGUACCUGAAGGAUCACAUAUUCACUAUGUCCCAGCUUAUGCCAAGGCAGUCCACAUUGCAGCUCCAGUUCAUUCCGGUCCAGUUUAUGCCGCCCCAGCUUAUACCCAUGUGACAUAUGGAGCUAAUUCAUAUGCCAGAAGUUUGGAAUUCAAUGAAGGACAAUCAUCAACACCUUCUUCGCAUUCUUCUGAAGAAACAACAACAACUACCGAACCAACAACGACUGAAUCAACUACAACCGAAGCUGAAAGUGCAGAAGAGGCAACUCAUGCACCAAGAUCGUCGGAACCUGAACCAACUCAAGCUGCAUACCAACACGAACCUGCAACUUCUCCUGGUUACAGAUAUGAUGCUCCAAGUGCUUCUUCACCAUCUUCUUCUGCCAACACUCACUCUUCUUCGGGUUUGCCAACUUUCUACAAGACUUCCCUUCACCAUGCAGCAGGACAUCAUGUUGCAGCGCCAUCUUUUGUCAAAUAUGAAGUUCCAGCUCAAACUGUUGUAAAAUAUGCUGCUCCAACACACUUUGCUGCCGCUGGUCCUCAUCAAACUCUUGUACACUACUCUGCCCCAGUUCAGACCGUUUACCACAAAACUGUUGCUCCACAAACUGUUCAUGUGAAAUACGCUAGCCCUGAACCAGCAGUCUACACAUCUUUCGGAGAACAUCCUCCAGCUGUCUAUAGCCAUCACUCUGCUCCUGUUCACCAUACCUAUUCUGUCCAACAACCAAGCCUUAUCAAAUAUACAGCUCCAGUUCAGGCACCAGGACAAGUGACUUACGUUCAACCAGCUCCAGCUGUCUACACGAAAUAUGGCGCCACAGAGUCAACUUCUCAUGCCAGCCAUGUUGCACCAGCACCAACUGCCUACAUUAAAUACGGUUCGUCAGCUCCAAUCACUCACACCACCUACGUUGCUCCCCAACACCAUGUUGAGGCUUCUUCCACUAAAUUGAUUAAAUAUGACGGUCCAGCUGCAUUCAAUAACCAAUACGAAUCUUCAACUCACAGCCAAUCACAACCAUCAUCGAACGAAGAAAACAAGGACACCGUUGAAGUUGAAAGUCCAGAAAGUACAACACCUUCACACCAAGCUUCAAGGGCUUACCUUCCACCAGCAACUCAUUUGGUUUCACAAACUUAUCUUCCAGCUGAACAUCAGUACAACAGUCAUCAGGAAUCUGCUAGGAGCCAACAAUCGAACGAACACAAUUUGUGGUCGACAGAUGGCGCUGCUUCUCAUGUCAGUUUCAAAGGAUUUGGAACUUCUUUUGCUUACUAA